UUUCUGCAACCAUGACCUCUCCUUUAAUUUGUGAAUCCAACUUCUCCGUUCCACAGCCAAAGAAAAAGCUCAAAACCCAUCCCAUUCCAUGUCACUUCCAAAUUAAACCGCCGCGCCACUAAACCGCCAUAUCCUCUCUCCAGCCCCGUCUCAAGCUCUUCUCUUCCAAUGGCCAUCUGUACAGUCUACACCGGCCGGUCACUCAACCCAACACCCUCAAUCUCCACGCCCACAAAAACCAACCUCGGAUUCCACCAGAAGCAGGUGGUUUUCUACAGCACCUGCAAGAAAACCGCCCGGAGAGGCGGCGGCAGCACCAUAACAUGCUCGGCUGAGACCAAGACGGUGGUGAUUGGGCUGGCAGCGGACUCCGGCUGCGGGAAGAGUACCUUCAUGAGGCGGCUGACCAGUGUGUUUGGCGGCGCGGCGGAGCCACCCAAGGGCGGCAACCCGGAUUCUAACACCCUGAUCAGUGACAUGACCACUGUGAUCUGUUUGGAUGAUUACCACUCGCUCGACAGAACUGGGAGGAAGGAGAAGGGGGUGACUGCUCUUGACCCAAGAGCCAAUGACUUUGAUCUCAUGUAUGAGCAGGUUAAAGCCAUUAAAGAUGGAGUUGCUGUUGACAAGCCCAUCUACAAUCAUGUCACUGGCCUUUUGGACCCUCCUGAGCUCAUCAAGCCUCCCAAGAUCCUUGUCAUUGAAGGCCUCCACCCAAUGUAUGAUGGAAGGGUAAGGGACCUCUUGGACUUCAGUAUCUACUUGGACAUCAGUAACGAAGUCAAAUUUGCAUGGAAAAUUCAGAGGGACAUGGCAGAGAGAGGACACAGCCUUGAAAGUAUCAAAGCCAGCAUUGAAGCCAGAAAACCAGAUUUUGAUGCUUACAUUGAUCCGCAGAAGCAAUAUGCUGAUGCUGUGAUUGAGGUGUUGCCAACACAACUCAUUCCUGAUGACAACGAGGGGAAGGUCUUGAGAGUAAGGUUGAUAAUGAAAGAAGGGGUGAAGUUUUUCAACCCAGUUUACCUCUUUGAUGAGGGCUCCACCAUCAAUUGGAUACCCUGUGGGAGGAAGCUCACCUGCUCCUACCCCGGCAUCAAGUUCUCCUAUGGCCCUGAUGCCUACUUUGGCCACGAGGUGUCGGUCCUGGAGAUGGAUGGCCAGUUCGACAGACUGGACGAACUCAUCUACGUUGAGAGCCAUCUGAGCAACAUCUCCACCAAGUUCUAUGGCGAAGUCACGCAGCAAAUGCUGAAGCACGGAGACUUCCCGGGCAGCAACAAUGGAACAGGGCUCUUCCAGACGAUUGUCGGGUUGAAGAUCAGAGACCUGUUCGAGCAGAUUGUCGCUAGCAAGGCUGCAGCUCCAUUGGAGGCUACAAAAGCCUGAAGGCAGGCAACAACUUAUCUGAACAAUGAACAUGUCUUCUUCUUACCUCCAUCAUCACCCUUUUUCUCUUAUUGUUCCUCAGAUUUUCUAUUCCCCUCCAGUUGACUGCUGCUGCUACUAGGUAAAAAGAACGAUAGAGAAGCACUGCUUAUAUUCACUUGUUCUGAAACUCUUCUAGAGACUUGUAAUAUAGAGAAGGGAAAGCAGAAAUGAAAUUCAAUUAAGAAGAGCAACAUUGGGACAUUCCACCCUUA